AUGGCUUCAACAACAGCCGAUGUGCCCAGGAAGCUCUGGGAACAUCCCAGCCCACGUUCCACUCAGAUGUGGACAUUUAAGACGAAGUUAGAAGAAGAAAAAGGAGUCACACUCCCUGACUAUCAUUCUCUCUUCUUGUGGUCUACCAAGAACCGGGCAGCCUUCUGGGACUUCUGCUGGAACUACUUCCCUAUUAUCUCAGAAGGGUCUUACAGUACUGUUGUUGAUGAAUCGGCUCGCAUCGAUAGCGUCCCCUCCUGGUUUGAGGGUGCUCGACUGAACUUCGCGGAGAACAUGCUCUUCUCAACAACCCCUUCAAGCACUGGUCAUCCCAAGAUCACGACAACAGACAAAGAGGACACCAAAAUCGCUUUAACACAGAUGAGAGAGGGCGGCUCCGAGCCCUCUUCCAACGUCACCUGGGGCCAACUCAGAAAAAUGACAGGAAGAAUGGUGCAAGCGUUGAAAGCAGCUGGAGUUGUCAAGGGAGACCGAGUUGCCGCGGUGGCAAGUAACAGUGUCGAUACUCUCGUGGUUCUCCUUGCAACGACUGCUCUUGGCGCCUUGUUCUCGUCCACUUCCACGGACACUGGGGUUAAGGGAAUUCUCGAUCGACUACUCCAGUUGAAGCCCAAGUUUGUCUUCGUCGAUGAUUCUGCUAUCUACAAUGGAAAGCGGGUUGAUCUUCGCCCCAAGAUCAAGGGGAUUGUUGAAGGCCUUCGAGAAGUCUCAGAGUUCGAAGCUAUCAUCGCAAUCCCCCGGUUUCCAACUCAGCCAGCUGAUGUGAGUGGCGUGCCCAAGACGCAACCCGUGACAGCCCUCCUUGAAAAGGCAACAUCAGACCAACUCGAGUUCGUUAGAGUCGGAUUCCGCGAUCCGUUCCUAGUAGUGUACUCCUCCGGAACAACUGGCAAGCCCAAACCCAUCGUGCACGGAGUGGGCGGCGUGAUCCUGAAUACUUACAAAGAGAGUCGACUGCAUUGCGAUCAUGGACCAGACUCGACAGUACUGCAAUACACUACCACAGGCUGGAUCAUGUAUUUAUCUGCGAUAUCAGGGCUUUUGUUUGGCGCCAAAGCCGUCCUUUAUGAUGGGAGCCCCUUCCUACCUGACGUCAAGUUUCUUAUCGAACUCGCCGGAGAGCACAAGGUAACUCAUUUUGGCACAUCACCGCGCUAUCUGCAUGAGCUGCGAAAGAAUAAUGUACGACCCAAGGACGUUGCGGACCUGAGUUCGCUGCGCGUCGUCACCAGUACUGGCAUGGUCCUCUCUGAAUCCUUGUUCGAGUGGUUCUACGACGAGGGCUUCCUGUCUCACACGCAGCUGGCGAACAUCUCCGGAGGAACAGACCUUGCCGCAUGCUUUGGCUUGGGGAACCCGAUCACACCUUUGCACGUUGGCGGGUGUCAGGGCCCUGGUCUCGGCAUUCCCAUUUCUGUAUUCGACCAAGCGGACGAGGGUGCCACUGGAGUCAAAGGCACUGCUCUUCCAGACGGUGUACCCGGGGAGUUAGUAGCCACGGCCGCAUUCCCAACCAUGCCAGUCAAAUUCUUGGGCGACGAUGGGCCUCAGAAGUACUUUGAUUCGUAUUUUGGCCGGUUCGACAACGUCUGGACCCACGGCGACUUCAUCAGCAUCCACCCCGCCACAAAACAAAUCUUCUUCUUGGGCCGAUCAGACGGCGUCCUUAAUCCAUCAGGCGUCCGCUUCGGCUCCGCGGAGAUCUAUAACGUGAUCGAUACGCAAUUCUCAACCGAGAUAGUGGACUCCAUCUGCGUGGGCCAGAGACGGCCAACAGACGCCGACGAGUCAGUGAUGAUGUUCCUGCUCAUGCGGCCCGGGUUCGAGUUCACACCACUCCUUGUCUCACGGGUGAAAGAGGCAAUCCGGAAGGCAUUGAGUGCUCGGCAUGUACCCAAGUACAUCUUCCAGACACCUGAGAUUCCGACGACGGUGAAUCUGAAAAAGGUCGAGCUACCUGUGAAACAGAUCGUAUCUGGCAAGAAGAUCAAGCCGUCGGGGACUUUGCUCAACCCGCAGAGUUUGGAUUUCUACUAUCAGUUUGCAGAGGUGGAGAAGCUGAUUGAGCCGAGGAGCAAGUUGUAA